AUGAUUAUUGCUGGUGAUUGCAACGCUACAUGCCAGCAUGAAGGUCGUAUAGUUGGAUGCGGUGUGCCUUGUUCAUUUGCUGCUGAGGAUUCGACCGAACUGCAAGACAUACUCAGGGCGCAUGGACUUGUUGCAUUGAAUACGUUUGGCCCUGCCCCUGGUCACACCUUCAAGUUUGGGCCUCGUACAUCUCAGCUCGACUAUAUAUUCACACGUGUUGCUCAUGCUGAUCGUGAUGCCAAACGUGAUCAUGGAGAGCAGAAGUUGUCCGAUACCUUUCAGGUCGACGAAGCCGAAAUGCGAGCCUACCUUCAACAGAUACCAAUGCGCAAGGCGGUGUCAUCUGAUUCUGUGCCGGGUGUGGUGUAUCGAAUUUGCGAACAGGAACUGGCUCCUGUCCUAUGCAAAUUGCUUCGAUAUAUGUGGAAUGCUGAGCAUAUCAUCUUCCCACGCGUAUGGUGUGUAGCUGAGCUCAUUUUCCUCCCAAAACCAGGCAAGAAAACAUCGGAGGUGAAGGACUGGCGUCCCAUUGGACUUCAGGAUGCGGUUGCCAAAUCAGUGAUGCAUCUUUUGGUGGAUCGACUCAAGCCACAUGUUCAGGACUGGGCGAGCUCUUUUCCACUAUAUGCUUAUAUGCCUGGGAGGUCAACCAGACAGGCACUGCAAGUCGUUUUCGCACACUGUGAUGCCGUUCGACAUCUUUGUCAGCAGGAAGCUGAUACGAUACAUCGUCGGUUUGAGGGAUGGAAACCGUCGGAGCUAUGUGGCGGAAUCCAAGUUUGCUUGGAUCUCAGUUCUGCUUUUGAUCGGGUGCCGUGGCAUCAUAUCCGGACUGCCUUUACACAGGCGCAGGUGCCCCCAGACUUGGCGGCCAUUAUCUUAGGCUGGCUCAGCUGCUCUGAGUACCAAAUACACAACGGUUCACAUACCUCCUGCAUACAGGUGGGACGUGGAGUAAAGCAGGGGUGCCGAGGAUCGCCAACAAUCUUUUUAGCAUUCAUGACGCUUAUAUGUCGACGCCUCAACGAAAAACUCGGCAAUCGAUUCUGCCAGGAGCACUUGACACAGUACGCAGAUGACACGCACUCCGCGUGGACCUUUCACAGCUACGAGGAACUUCGUAAUUGUAUUUGGCAGCUUUCGGUUAUCAUGGAAACACUUGAGGAGUUCGGAAUGUCGCUGAAUGAUGACAAGGCACAAAUACUGUUUACAGUACGGGGCAAUCUUCGACAGAAAGCGCGCGGCGAAUUCACCACCAAGGUCCGGGACAAAUUGGUGUUCGUGAUUGAAGGAGAGCAGGGCACUCGACAUGUUCCUUUGGUGCGGUCCACCGUUUAUUUGGGUGCCAAGAUCUCAUACGAUCAAUUUGAAGCACAGACGGUCGCGCACAGGAUGCAGAAGGCCAAUGUCCGGUUUUGGCAAUUACAAAAGUUCUUCACGAGCAAGCGAGGUCUCAGUGUUCCUCAGAGGAUUCGGAUGUGGAUGGCUACUAUCAGGCCGACGCUUAUGUAUGCAGCGGACUGUUGCCUAGUCGGCCCCACUUUGCAACGUAAAUUGCAGACACUUACUAUGAAGCACUUCAGAGCCAUUUGCUCGUGUCCGUCACACAUCUAUCAUAUCAGCGACAAUGAUCUGCUUGCUAAAUAUCAGGUUGCUGGCGUAUCUGACUGGUUGAAAGAUGCAUAUGCUCGGGAUGCAUGUACGAACAAGGUGAUUGGCAUUUCCACGGAGGUUCUUGCCCGGUGGCACGAUAAACUGCGUGACACUUUACAGGCUACACAGCACAAACUCACACAUGUCGCUCGAGAGAUUCAGCCUCAUGCCUGUCCUGUGUGUGGAGUGUACUUCGACUCUCGCAAAUCGGUGAAAUUACACAUGUAUCAGAGUCAUCGACCUCCCAAACCCAGUGCUGAUUCGCAGUCUCCGGAGGGUAUGUCUGUUGAACCUCCGAAAGGUAUGCCUCCGACGGAUCCGCAAGUCCCUGAGGUAGUGUCGGCGUCAACUACACAGGUGCAGCUUGAUAUCACAACCGCAGGUACACCUGUUGAUGAUGCAGUCAGUACACCAUUGAAUCCGGCACCGGAGGUUCAGGCGCCCUCACAAGUCGUCGCUCAUUCUAUACCAUCCUCUGAUCUAUCUGUGGUUCCUGCGUUUCAGGGCGAAGCUGGUCUGGUUUUUGAUCGAUCAGUGCACUCCCGAGAUGGUCUCCCCACAUGUUCUGGAUGUGGUGCUAAAUUCCGAAGGUGGGAUAUUCUUCGAAAGCACAUCAACAAAGGCUGGUGUCCCGUGUUCGCCAAGCAUGAUGCACCCGCUCUCUCUGCGCUUAGCGAUGUGAAGGCACUUGCAGUCCAGGAUCAUGUCCCGAUAACGCAACGCUCUGAGGUGAUUCAGGCUAUUGCUGAUCGUGGACUUGAGGGGUUGCGUCUUGUACCCGGUAUAUUCGAGGAAAUGCAAAACAGAUUGUAUCCCCGUGUCGCUAUUGUGGUGUGGUUCGAGUCGGAGGGCAGGGCGCAGCCACAGCGCAUUCCAAGCAGUGUACUCCUCUUUUCCAGUGCGCAGUCCUGUGUCAUGACCAUGGACGUGGAUCGGGCGGGACAGAUCGAGGAAUUCUUCGGCGGACUGGAGAACUCGGGUCACCAAAGCCAGUAUCAACAGACGGAGCUACCAAUCGACGAACUGAUGCAGAUUGUUCGACUAUUGGUCCGCACUUCGGUGCGGCACGAAGAUGCUAUUCAGACUCUACGCUUGGAUACGGGUCUGGUCUGGUUCGUGAAAACCGGGGACGGGACUCCGGACACUACUUCGAUCAUUCCGUACUUGCAGGCAGUGGCAGCGAAAUUGCAUGGCAGGGAAAAUACCGAGAUGUCGGAUCGACCUCUUCGCGAAAUUAUGUUCAUGGCCAUUCUGCAGAAGUUGCUGACAAAGCUGGACGAGGUUGCAAAGGAUCAAACCGUGGCGCUUCGAUGCCAGCAGGCGGGUUGGCUCACCACGGAGCAGAAAUGGGUGUAUCAGAAGUGGUGCAAAGAAACGCGCACAUUGGUUCAGGACAAGACCAAGGUUCCGGUACUUCAUCACACAUUGGUCACCUCGAUCAAGAAUAUGCUUCGAAUGGUGGACGAGG